GGCCCGCGGGGAGCCACUUCCGGGGCGGCGCGCGGGCCGAGAGCCUUCAGAAUUUGGCUCUGGAGAGGGGUGAGUUUGAAGAAACCUGUGGCAGUGGUGGCUUGGGCCAUGGCCUCUGACCUGGACUUCUCACCACCCGAGGUGCCCGAGCCCACCUUCCUGGAGAACCUUCUGCGGUAUGGGCUCUUCCUGGGAGCGAUCUUCCAGCUCAUCUGUGUCCUGGCCAUCAUUGUGCCCAUUCCCAAGUCCCACGAGGCGGAGGCGGAACCGUCUGAGCCCCGAAGUGCAGAAGCUCCGAAGAAGCCCAAGGCCACCGUUCCGUCCGCCAGCAAGAGGCCCAAGAAGGAGACAAAGAAGAAGCGGUAGAGCAGAGGCCAGCGGCCCCAAGCAUCGCUGUGAGGCCCUGGGGACAGCCCUCCUGGGAAUCGGCCUCCUGUUUCCUCCCUGCCUGGCCCUGACUCAGUAUCUGAAGGGGCCCUGUGACCACAGAGAUCUGGACAGUCAUGACGGUCCCUAAGCUCCAGCUGGACAAACCACCACUUCCUCUUCCUUCACUCCAUAGGGAACCGAAGUGCCCUGUGAGCAGAUGGUGCCCCGGGAGGGUUCAGAAGUCAGAUCAGCUCCCAGAGCUACAUUUUCAUACUCGAUCCUCAGGUCCAGUUGCCUGGCUUCAUCUUGUGGACUCACACUAUCGCUGGAGUCAUUCUCCAGGGCUCCAAGCACGUCCUUCCCGCCGUUCUGCUCACCACCACCUCUGCCAGUGCUGUGCACAGAGCCAGGCUCCUGUGCAGGCCAGGACGUAGUGGCCGUGCAGUGCCGUGACUUCUAGCUGCAGCAGCCAGGUCCCAGCAUACUUGAGGCAAAGAGCUAGCAGAAGGCCUGGGCCACGGAAUAGCUAGCUCUAGUUCAGAAAGGAUCUGGCUUAAUGGGGCUGUGUUUCUUAAGCACAGGCGUUCACUUCCAGACCGACCUUUUUUGAACCCAUUAUAACACAUUCAGGGUGUGCCUUUGACGUCUACUUGUAAUCCCCUCCCUCAGUUCUUUCAUUCCAAGACCAGUUAUGUGCAGAAGCAAAGUCAAUAAAUUUGUGCAUGCUCAA